AUGAUUGAUACGAACGGUCAACGACAAUCAUUUUCGUCACCCGUAUCUGGUACAGUUACUAAAUUGUAUGUUCAUGAAUUGGACAUUCUUUCAUAUGGUUCAAUCAUUCUGGAAUAUGAAGAAUGUCGACAUACGAUCACUUUCAAAAAUCUAUGUAGUGAUUGUGGUAUCUAUUUAGAUCAAUUGAAAAAUAUCGUACCAGUAUUAACAUAUAGAAAAUCUAUUAUAUCAAUGGAACCUUCAUUUCCAUCAGUAAAAAUUACUGCUGAAGAAGCUUUAAGAUAUGACAAUGAAGACCUUAAGCUUCUUCUUCGUAAACGUAAACUUUAUCUAUUGGUUGAUCUUGAUCAAACUCUAGUUCAUACAACAAAUUCUAAAAAUUACUAUCCGCCUUCCUCAGAUAUAAUCUCUUAUCAGUUAUACACACAAAUGCGACAAACAUUCCAUACAAAAUUACGUCCAGGGGUUAAAGAAUUCCUUACAAAUCUUCGAUCACUCUAUCAAUUCCAUAUAGUUACAUUUGGUGAUCGACCAUAUGCAAAUACUAUAGCUAAACUAAUUGAUCCUGAUGGAAAAUUUUUUUCUCAUCGAGUCUUAUCUCGUGAUGAAUGUCUCAGUUUGACAGACAAAGCAGCUAAUUUGAGUAGUCUCUUUCCUUACAGUGAUGCAUUAGUCUGUAUUAUAGACGAUCGUGAUGAUGUAUGGAAUCAUGCUUCAAAUCUUGUUCAAGUCAAACCAUAUUCAUGGUUCAAAGAUGUUGGUGAUAUAAAUAGUCUCCAUCUUUCAUCGUUAUCGAUUACUCAAACACAAAUAAGUCCACCAAUUAGUGAACAAAUGAAGACUAACGAAGAAAUAUAUCAAUCAGGUGAAAAACGUAAAAUGAAUAACACAAGCGAUCGAUUAAGUAAAAGAUUCAAAGAACACAAUGAUUCUCAUGAAUUUGUAGAUUCAGAUCUCUAUUUACAGCAAUUAGAGGCAAUUUUAAAACGUAUCCAUAAGAUAUUUUAUACAACUUAUGAUCAAUGGGUUCAACAUAAAAAAGGAACUAUGCCUAAUUUGAAACAAAUUAUUCCUAAUAUUCGUCGACAAAUACUCAAUUCUGUAUCUCUAUGCUUUUCUCAUUUAAUGCCAAAAAACUAUCCAUUAGAAAAACAUAGUGCAACAAUAAUGGCUAAAAUGAUGGGAGCAACCGUAACUCAUGAUCUACAAUUUGAUGAGAAUGGUACCAUUCGAACAACACAUAUUAUUGGUGGAAAACAAACGAUGAAAGUUCAGCAAGCUUUACAAAAUAAUAUAAAAGUUGUCACACCUGAAUGGUUACUUGAUUGUUAUGAACAAUGGGAAAAGAAACCAGAAGAAAAUUAUAUUCUUUUGCCAAAUUAUGAUGUACGUAAAUCAAAAUUAUUUACUGAAGAAAUUCCUCGAAUGUCUAAACGAUGUUAUUCCUAUAUGCAAAACGAAGUAUCUAUCCCAUCAUCAUCAUCAUCUUCUUCUAAAAAGAUAAUAGCUGAUCAGACAUCAUCUGAAACAAAUAGCGGUAGCCUUUCAAGAAAGAAUCUUCCUGUACAUUCAUCUGACCAUAAUAAUAUCAAUAUGAACGCUAAUGAAUAUUUUGAAACAGAAAAAGUAAAUAAAUUAUACAAUGAAGGUAAUGAUGAUGAUGAUGAUGGUACACGUUCACAAUCAUUGAAACGACGACGAACAGCAACACAUACAAAGAUAAUCGACAAGAAAACAGAUAAUAAUGAUGAAUGUUUCGACUCGGAUUUAUCGAGCACGCAAGAAUGGCACGAUUUUAUUUUUGACAAAGAAGAUGACCCUAGUUCAGAUGAAGAAGAUCUUAGUGAUGAUGAAGUACCUCGAGGUUGGAAAAAAGUCUACAGAAAGAAAAGACAAUGGUCGUAG